AUAGUAACCCCAUAGGCCGCAACUCUUUGAGUUCUCCCUCUCAUCAACUCCGCCAAUAUCAAUCUACACAAAAAUCGAAAAUACUUCAACUGAGCACAAAUCAGUGAAUCCAGUGAUUCUGAAAUUCAUUUUUCUGGAUGGCGGUUGUGGAACCUUCCUCCUCAUUGGAGAUUUUAGUAAGAGGACCAGAAGGUUUUUUUAUUUGGAAUGGACCUCCUUUCCCGAGCGGUGAACCUGGUGUCAAGCUGGAUAGGGUUCCUUGUACCAGUGCAAAGUUCAGUGAUGAUGGGUCCAAACUUAUGGUUACGAAAUUAGACUCUGUAAUUAGCAUCUUUGAUUGCAAAACCUUGACAGAGAUUAGGUCCUUUGAUGUCCCAAAUGUUCUUGCAGCUGUCAUCUCUCCUUGCGGGACUUAUCUUCAAACCUUCCAAAAAUGUUCAUCUCCUCAGCAUAAGAACGUAGUCUUGUGGAAGAUAGAAAAUGGUGAAUCUGCUUACCAACUCUUCCAGAAAAAUAUGACUAAAGUUACAUGGCCUUCAGUACAUUUCAGCUCUGACGAAACUGGUGCAUGUCGAUUGGCAACAAAUGAGAUCCAAUUUUUUGAUCCUAGGGAUUUCUCGAAGGGAUUCGUUAAUCGGCUUCGAGUUCCUGGGGUUGCUGCAUUGGAGCUUUCUAAAGCCCCUGGAUCAUAUGUGGCUGCAUUUGUUCCAGAAUCUAAGGGAAUGCCAGCCAGUGUUCAGAUAUAUGCUUGUGGAAAGGACUUACAAAGUCAACCUGUUGCUCGACGUAGCUUCUUCAGGUGCUCAACUGUGCAACUGAGCUGGAACUCUGGUUCUACAGGGCUCCUAGUGGUGGUCCAAUCAGAUGUUGAUAAAACAAACCAGAGUUACUAUGGAGAAUCAAAGUUGAACUACUUGACUACUGAUGGGGCCCAUGAAGGGCUUGUGCCUCUUCGUAAAGAAGGCCCUAUUCAUGAUGUUCAAUGGUCCUAUUCGGGUAAAGAAUUUGCAGUUGUUUAUGGAUUUAUGCCUGCUAUGGCCACGGUUUUUGACAAGAAGUGCAAUCCUCUACUUGAGCUUGGAACAGGCCCAUACAACACUAUCAGAUGGAAUCCAUUGGGAAACUUUAUAUGCUUGGCAGGCUUUGGUAACUUACCAGGAGACAUGGCAUUCUGGGACUACAGGGAAAAGAAGCAACUUGGAACUACAAGGGCUGAAUUGUCAGUGACAAGUGAAUGGUCUCCUGAUGGUCGAUACUUUAUGACUGCCACAACAGCUCCACGCCUUCAAGUUGAUAAUGGGGUUAAAGUCUUUCACCACAAUGGAUCAUUAUACUUCAAGAAGAUGUUUGAUAGAUUGUAUCAGGUUGAUUGGAAGCCAGAAUCAGUUGAAAAAUUUGGUGACAUUGAAGACCUUGUGAAGGCAGUUGGCUCGGUGAAAAUAGAUGAAGCUAAAGUGCCAGGGAAAGGAUCAAAAGCUACCCAGGCCGUUCCAAAAGCUACACAGGCUGUUUCAAAAGCUGCUCAGGCCGUUCCAAAAGCUACACCUGCCAAUCCUCCUGCAGCAAAACCUGCUGCUUAUCGUCCACCUCAUGCCAAGGCCGCUGCUGUAGUUCAAGCAGAGUUAUUUGGAGGAAGUCCUUCAGGGGAGCUUAGCAAGAAUGCAUUGAAAAACAAGAAAAAACGGGAGAAGAAAAAGCAAGCUGAGGCUGCAUCUGCAGCCGGAGGUUCAUGAU